AUGGCUUCCAAAAUGGUCUUGGUGGCAGCUGUCAUCAUGAUGGUUGCAGCCCUAAUUUGUGGUGUAGCAAGUGCAAGGACGCUUGCUUCUUCUUCGUCUUCCAUGGAUAACAACGUGAUGAAGAAUUCCGAGCCCAAAUCCGAACCCAACAUGGAAAAGAGUUUCUUCCAUCCCUUCUUCCCACCAUAUGGGCUGAUUGGGCACGGCGGGCCUUACUUGGGCGGUGGCAUUCUCAAGGGCGGCGGCUUCGGACCUGGUCUAGGUUUUGGAGGUGGGUUUGGAAGUGGGCUUAACGGUGGGCUUGGGAAUGCAGAUGGGGAUGAGCUUGGAGGCCGUAAAGAUGAGCGUAAUAAUGGCGCUGAUCAGAACAAUAACAACGGUGCUGCUGCUGCCUAUCACCCACAGGUAAUACUGGAGAAUGGACUGGUGAAGCUAACAAUUUCAAAACCACAAGGAUUGCUGACUUGCAUCAAGUAUGGAGGACUUGACAAUCUCCUUGACACCAAGUCUAGUGAAGCAAGUAGAGGAUACUGGGACCUGAACUGGAACUUGCCAGGAGGGCAGGACAAGUAUCAGCUGUUAACAGGGUCUGAUUAUUCAGUGAUUCAGAACAAUGAUUAUCAAUCGGAGAUUUCAUUCCGGAACACAUAUCAACUCUCCUCAUCCAACCUUAGCCUGCCUUUAUCUGUCGACUUCAGGUAUAUCUUGAGGAGUGGUGUUUCGGGUUUUUACUGCUACGCCAUUUAUGAGCGUCCGCCAGGAUGUCCCGCCUUUGAUCUUACCCAGACAAGAAUGGUGUUCAGGCUACGCCGUGAAAAGUUUCACUAUAUGGCAAUCAGUGAUGAGAAACAAAGGAUAAUGCCAAUGCCAGAAGAUUUGAUGCCUCAGAGAAGCAGGCCAUUAAUUGUACCUGAAUCUGUUCUGCUUACAAAUCCAAUCAAUCCUGAACUAAGAGGGGAGGCAAAUGGAGGAGUACAUGGAUGGAUCAGUUCUGGUCCUUUUAUUGGUUUCUGGAUCAUUUUUCCUAGCCAUGAGUUCCGCAAUGGUGGACCAACUAAGCAAAAUCUGACAGUUCAUACUGGUCCUUUUGCCCUGGCAAUGUUACACGGAACACACUAUAUUGGAGAGGAUGCACAAGCUUGUUUUGAAGAGGGAGAGACAUGGAGGAAAGUUUUUGGUCCCUUCUUUGUGUACCUAAACUCAACCUCAGAUGUGUCAAAAGCUUAUAACUUAUGGACUGAUGCGAAAAAGCAGUGGAUGGUUGAAAAAUCAGCAUGGCCAUAUGACUUUGUAUCAUCACCCUAUUACCUUGCUGCUAAGGAACGCGGCUCAGUUUCUGGACGAUUGCUUGUCCAAGACAGGUUUGUGUCUGCAUCUCUUAUUGCUGCUAAAGAUGCAUAUGUUGGACUAUCAAUAGCCACAACUGAAGGAUCUUGGCAAACAGAAAGCAAGAAUUAUCAAUUCUGGAUACAAACGGAUUCAAAUGGAAAUUUUACCAUCAGAAAUGUCGUCCCAGGAGAAUACCGGCUCCAUGGUUGGGUGCCUGGUUUUAUUGGGGAUUACCUUCGUGAGGGAGCUGUUGCAGUAUCAGGAGGAUCAGAAGUUCAGCUAGAGAACUUGAUAUUUUCUCCCCUUAGGGAGGGACCAACAAUAUGGCAAAUUGGAUUUCCAGACCGUACAUCUAUUGAAUACAAUGUCCCUAAGGUCAACCCGAAGUAUGUCAACAAGCUGUUCCUCAAUAGCCCUGAAAAGUAUAGGCAGUAUGGAUUGUGGGACAGAUACACGGAUUUAUAUCCCGAGUCCGAUGUGGUUUUCACCAUAGGAGUUAGCGACCCAAAGAAAGACUGGUUUUUUGCUCAUGUAGACAGGAAGGAAGUAGGAAAAUAUUGUCCAUCAACUUGGGAAAUCAAGUUCAACCUCACUUCAUUAACUAAUGGAAUUUACAAACUAAGGUUGGCAGUUGCAUCAGCUACCCGUUCGGACCUCAAGGUCCAUGUUAACAACAUAAGCUUAGAAAACCUGGUGUUUCAAGUGAUGAAUCUAGGAACAGAUAACACAGUUUGUCGACAUGGAAUUCAUGGACUCUACCGUCUUUUUAGUAUCGACAUAUCUUCCUCCUUGCUACAUAUUGGAGACAACAACAUAUUUUUAACACAAGCCAGAGGCGGAGACGCUCUUUGUGGAAUUUUGUAUGAUUACAUUAGAUUGGAAGCUCCUUCAAGGUCAUUAUCCUAG